AGUGUAGUCCGCCUAUUAUUCUUAUUGGAAAGCCACCCACGAAAAGGAAAAGCACAACUGAUUCAUUUCAUGGUGGGCGGUUCGCUCGAUACGUAUCGCCAUUUCAAAUAGCAGUAAAACGUGAAGGCAAACAGCCGCUGCGCACUCUGAACUCACUCCUCACACGCGGCAGGAAAGGAAAGAAGAGAGACGGCCGGAUAGCGACGCCACCCGCACGGCGGUUUACUCCUUCAGCGAUGCCACCCCCUUCUUCUUCUACCACACCGCGAGAUCAGCCACGUGCUGCGCACGCCCCACUGCGGCCCCGCGAUCAGUUCGCCGACGUCGGCCGCUGCGGCAGCACCGGGCGCGGUGUGCGACUGUGCUACAACACCUUUGGCUCCUCCCGCGACCCGUGUGUGCUGCUGGUUGUCGGCCUCGCCUCCCCCGCGCUCUUCUGGGACGAUCGGUGGUGCACGACCCUCGCCCUCGCGGGGCCGUUCUUUGUCGUCCGCUACGACAACCGCGACGUGGGUUGCAGCACCCACUUCGACGACGACACCGCUGGGAAGACCGUCUCGCACGGGUCAACGAGUUACAUGCGCUUUGCCUAUGCGGUGCUGCGACCCGGCAAGCGGACCAUACCGGAGGUGUACACGCUGAUGGACAUGGCGGCCGACGCGUUCGGCUUGUUGGAUGCGCUGCGCAUCGCCGCCUGCCACCUGGUGGGUACGUCGAUGGGUGGAACGGUUAUCCAGUGCAUGGCCAUCAGCCACCCAGAGCGGGUGCUGUCGCUGUCGCUGCUGUCGACGCACACGAACUCCCCGCACACCCAGUGGCCCUCUCUGCGCGAUAUGAUGAGCUUCAUUGCGCUGAUGCCCAAGUCCACGUCUGCCAAGUACGCGGCGCGGAUCGCCGGCGCAGCCAACGCGGAGGAGCGCCAGCGGCUGUGUGCCGAGCGGGACGCGGAGCGGGUGGAGGUGUACGCGGCCAGCUUUUCGAAGCUGCUGGAGAGGUUAGCGGGGGACACGAAGAAGUACGCAUUUGACCGCGCCGCCGCCCAGCGGCAGAUGACGCGGGUCUUUCGUCGUAGCCUCUACGUGAACGGCGGCCCGCGGCAGUUCCUGGCGCUGCUGAACGCGCCGAGCCGUGACGAAGAUCUGCAGCGCUGCAUCACGAGUGUCCCUCCGGGAGGGGCGCGCGAGACAACGCCAGUCGGUGGCAGUAACCCGCCAAUUCCGUCUCACGUCGCCGCUUCCGCUCCGUUGUACGUGCCAACGAUUAUUAUCCAAGGCGAUCGUGAUCCGCUGGUGCCGGCUGGGAAUGCGAAGCACCUCGCGUCUAUCAUCCGAGGCAGCCGCCUGUACGUGAUGGAGGGCAUGGGCCACACGCUGAUUCCCGCCUUGAGGGACACCUACGUGCGACUCAUCCGUGAUAACAUCCGCGUGGGAGAGGCGGCGUCGCGGUCGCCUGCCCGGAAGGCGGCGGUGGCUGCUGCUGCCGCGGCUGCGAAAAAGAAGAAGAGCGCGGCGAGGCCGGCGGUUGCGUCGAAGCUGUGA